GUAUGUCCCUUUGCCUGGACUCUCGUAACCAUACAAGGGAGAAUCUUACCUGAUACGCCUGUUCUCCUUGUAGGUCAGAGAAUCCAGCCCCGCCUCAGUGGUCUGGUCCAGGGCAUGGGGGAGGCUGAUAAUCUUGUUCUUGAUUUUUCGUUUCAGGGGCAUGUCCUGUCUGUCAUGUUGUCUUGCCGAAAGCUGGGGGCGAAACAGCAACAGAGGCGGAGCUAAACAGCUUUGACAGACUCCGUCCAAUCAGAUAGGAGACAGAGUUAACCCUUUGCCUGGACUCUCUAACCUACAAGGAGAAUAGAUGCAUCAGGCAGUUUUUGUACUAAUCCUUCAUUUGUGCUGACAUCACCAGCUUACACCAGCAACUUCAGAAUUCACAUUUUAAAGAGAACAAACUCCAAAUCUUAAGCAGUUGUACAGCAGCACCAAGAUUCUCAACUGUUUUGAGGGUGCAGAUUUGCCCUUUCUUGACAUAGCAAUGGCAGCAGUUAUGAGCUUGGGAAAGAUUGCUGAAAACGGCAGUAUGACAUCUCAAAAUGUCAAGUCCCCAUCAAAAUCUCUUACUCCUAGUCGGAUUGGCAGGAGAAACCAGGAAACAAAAGAUGAGAAGUCUUCCUACAUCUGCCCUCUGUGUGAAAAGGUCUGCACUACCCAACAUCAGCUGACUAUGCAUAUUCGUCAGCAUAACACUGACACUGGAGGAACAGACCAUUCCUGCAGCAUCUGUGGAAAAUCUUUGAGCUCUGCAAGCUCCCUCGAUCGCCACAUGCUAGUGCAUUCUGGGGAGAGGCCUUAUAAAUGCUCAGUUUGCGAUCAGUCCUUCACCACCAAUGGAAACAUGCACAGACAUAUGAAAAUCCACGAGAAGGAUGCAACGGGUGCCACAAGUACAACCCCUGCCUCUCCACUGAAACGCAGGCGCUUGUCCACCAAACGAAAAUUCAGUCCUGAGACCGAGGCCGAGAAGGAAGAGCAGAGUCCAGCAAAGAAGGUUGUGGAGGAACCACAAAAUGGCGAAAGUGAAAAAAGGGCUGAUGAAAUUUAUCGAUGUCCAGUCUGUUUCAAAGAAUUCUCUUGCAAGUAUGGGCUGGAAACCCACAUGGAAGUACAUCCAGAUACCUCAUUGAGGUGUGAUGUCUGCUGUAUUAACUUCCGCACACACCGGGGUUUGUUGCGGCAUAAUGCAGUUAUUCAUAAACAACUUCCAAAGGACUCAACUGGAAAGCCUUACAUUCAGAACAAUCCUUCAAUUCCUGCCGGCUUCCAUGAUUUGGGCUUCACGGACUUUUCUUGUAGGAAAUUUCCUCGCAUUUCUCAGGUUUGGUGUGAAACAAACCUGAGGAGAUGCACCAGUGAUUAUCAUCGCUAUAUCUGUGAGAUAUGCAACAAGGCAUUCCCCAUGUUCUCGGCACUCAAGCUGCACAAAGACACCCAUGCAACCGAUCAAGGAAGAGAAGUGCACAACCUGCACUCGGAGGACACAGACCUAAAAGCUUACAUGGCAUCCUUGGGGCUACAGCAUACCAAAGACAUUGAAUCUGUCAAGCAGGAGGAGCUCGUGCCAGAUGAUGAGGUCCAAGAAAUGCAGCUACGAACACUGAAAUAUAACCUACCUCAGGGACCUGGAAGUGAUAACCAGUUGAACCUAUCCCCUCUGGAGGCUGCUUCUGUAGGAGGCCCCUUUUCAGUCCUUCCCCCUACAAAAGAAAAUAUGAAGCUACUCUCACUACAGCCUUUCCAGAAAGGCUUCAUAAUCCAGCCUGACAAUAGCACUGUUGUUAAACCCAUUUCUGGUGAAUUAGCUGAUAUCCAGCAGAUCCUAAAGAUGGCCUCCUCAGCGACUCCACAGAUCAGCCUCCCACCGCUGCCUAAGGCAUCUCAUUUCUCAUCCAUAUUCAAACAUAUGCCUCCACUGAAGCCAAAGCCAUUGGUAGCCCCUAGGACCGUUGUAGCAAGUUCAACGCCACCUCCGUUGGUCAACACUCAGCAAGCCUCACCAGGAUGUAUCAGUCCAAGCCUUCCUCCAGUACCACCCAGAAUGGUCAAAACCUCAGACCAAGAAUCAACUUCAGAUUCUUCCAUCGCACACAAUAAAUCCAGAACAAACUCCAGUCCUUCUCCUAAGCCGGAAUCUUUGGGUCAGCAUGAAAUGAAAACUCAGCUGGAACAAGACACCAUCAUAGAAGCCCUUUUGCCUUUGACAAUGGAGACAAAAAUAAAACAGGAGGUGACCGAGCGAGACUUCAAGGCCAUCAUGACUGGAUCCGCAAACAAGAAAACCCCAGCUAUGAGGAAAGUUUUGUAUCCGUGCCGUUUUUGUGAGCAGGUGUUCCCGUUCUCCGGAGUCUUAAGAGCUCAUAUCCGUUCUCACUUAGGUAUCUCCCCUUAUCAGUGUAACAUCUGCGACUACAUCGCAGCCGACAAGGCAGCACUCAUCCGGCAUUUGAGGACGCACAGUGGGGAGAGGCCGUACAUCUGCAAGAUCUGCCACUACCCUUUCACAGUGAAAGCCAACUGCGAGAGGCACCUGCGCAAGAAACACCUCAAAACAACCAGGAAGGACAUCGAGAAGAAUAUUGAGUAUGUGGCCAGCAAUGCAGCCGAGAUGGUCGAUGCUUUCUGCUCCCCAGACACCGUGUGCAAAUUCUGCGGGGAGGACCUUAAACAUUACCGUGCCCUCCGUGUCCACAUGAGGACCCACAGCAGCUGCCAGAAGAAGAAGCCAUUUGAAUGUAAGGAGUGCGGCACUGCCUUCUCAGCCAAGCGGAACUGCAUUCAUCAUAUCCUCAAGCAGCAUUUGCACAUCCAGGAACGGGAGAUUGAGAGCUAUGUGCUGGCCGUGGACUGCACUCCCCCGGAAAGCCAGCCUGACCCUGUGUUACUGGAAGAAAGCACUUAUCUGGAUUGCAAAUCUGUGUCGCCUUUCCUGGAAUCGCAGAAUGGCUUUUUAAGGGGAGCUCCCUCUCAUGCAUCGAUCAAACUUGAAACGGCAAAUAACUUCUCAAUGGAUUUUGACGAGCCUUUAGAUUUCUCACAAAAGAACAAAACUCUGAAUUCUGUACUGGUCAAGCAAGAGAACCCGUUUGGGUCCUCUCUCUAUGACAGCUCCAUGGAGCCCAUUGAUCUGUCAAUUCCCAAGGCUCCAAAAAGGGACAGGGAUGAAGGUAGCGUGAGUGAGGAUAAGAAGCAAGAGCUCCAUGAUGGCCAUGACGAGAAACUCCAAGGCUGUCUGCCGUCUCCUCCAGCUAAUGGCAACCUGGAAAACUCAGCUCUCAGACAUUCCCAACCACUGAAGGGGCCACUUCAUUUGACUGUCCCCAUAAUUUCUCCAGGCGUCUUGGGCAACUCGGUUUUGCUGCGGCCUUUGAGGCCCAAACCGCCGCUUCUCUUGCCAAAACCUCUCGCAACUAAAGAGCUGCCACCCCUCGCUUCCAUUGCCCAGAUUAUUUCGUCUGUGGCUUCUGCCCCAGCUUUGCUCAAAGCAGAAGUGGCAGACGCUGUCCCCAAGGUGGCUGUUGGCAGCUCCACCACCUCUGAAAAGUUAGGAAGCCCCAGCCCUAAAGCAACUCUCCCAGCCACCGUCCAGACAGAUACCAACACACCCAGUGACUUAACGAAGAGCACCAGCAGUCCGACGGGGUCCCAGAAAUCCUCGACGUCUGGAUCGGUGAAGAAAAGAGGCAGAAAGAAAGGCACAAAAAACAAGCCCAAAGCAAGCAGCGGUCUGGACUUGGAAUCCAGUGGGGAGUUUGCCAGCAUAGAGAAAAUGCUGGCAACCACAGACACCAAUAAAUUUAGCACAUUUCUACAAUCGACGACGACGGCAGACUUUAAAGAAGCGGCUGAUAAAAAUGGAGCUAGCGAGGAAGAGAGAGAGGUUGUUGAAGACAAACUCCUGCAUGGAAAGCGAAAUGCCUACUCCAACUGCAUUCAGAAAAUCAAGUGCCCCCACUGCCCUAGAGUUUUCCCCUGGGCAAGUUCUUUGCAGAGGCACUUGCUCACUCAUACAGGUCAGAAGCCCUUCCCUUGUCAAAAAUGUGAUGCCUUCUUUUCUACCAAAUCUAACUGUGAACGCCACCUCUUACGCAAACAUGGAGUUGCCAACUACUGCCUGAGAAGAAACGGGCUUAUCCCCCAGUCUAAAGAAAGUGAUGCUGGAGCUCAUGAUAGCACAGAUAGUCAGUCUGAUCAAGAAAAUACAGGUGCAGGAAAUGAAGCACUCGACUUGACCUCUGGGGAGAGAGACCACCUGGAGGAAGCAACCGAGUUUCUAGAAGAACCUGAGUGCAGUCCUAAAGAAGAGGAGAAGAUGGAGUUGUUAUCCCAAGGAGAAGAGGCUGCGCGAGGGAAGUUAAGUGAGGGGGAAGACGAGCCAGAAGAAGAUUCAGUCAGCAACAGAAGUUUGGACCUCAAUUUUGCUAGCAAGUUCAUGGAAUUCAAGCUGGCUGAGAAUGAUCAAAACCCAGGCAACGGGGCUCAGUCUGAAAACAAACACACCUGUGAUACAUGUGGGAAAUCCUUCAAAUUUGCCGGUACCCUUAGCCGGCACAAAAAAACCCAUGCACAUGACGACAGGAAAGAUGAAAAGAGCAGCGAGGAUGAAAGUAAACACGCUCAAAGCGGAGACCAAGCCUACGUCCCUAUCGUGCAAGAGGACCCACCUCUUGAACAGGAAGAGCCUGGAAAGGACAUUAAGGGUGUCGAAUCCCCCACAGAUGGUGAGGCAACAGGAAAGGAAAACGAGGAGAGCGAAAGCAUUUCUGAGGGAGAAAGCACGGAAAGAAAAUCUUCUGAGAAGAGCGAUGAAGACCGGAAGCCAAAGCCUGGUGCGGGCACUAAGAGUGAAUCUAAGGCAGACAAAAGGAAAAAAGUCUGUACAGUAUGCAACAAGAGAUUUUGGUCUCUGCAAGAUUUGACUCGGCAUAUGAGAUCUCACACAGGGGAGCGACCAUACAAAUGUCAAACCUGCGAACGGACCUUUACGUUGAAACACAGCCUGGUUCGUCACCAGCGCAUCCAUCAGAAGGUCAAAAGUGCCAAGAAUCACGAGAAGGACAGCGACAGGGAGGACACCCGUUCACGAGGGGAAGAAGACAGUGAGAACGAGUCCCUCCCCAGCAGCACAAACCCCAUCUCGGAAAAUGAGGGCGAUGCCCUCGUGGGGCCCGGAAGCCAUUCUCCGGUGACCAGGAGCCGCAGAGAAAGCUCGGCCAAUGCCACCAAGGAUUACUCUUGUAAGGAAGACAAGCCAGCUGGGAAAGCCUCAAGUUUAGGCCUUGCCGAACCAAGCAAGACCAUGCCGAAAUCAUCCGUGAAAGAGCAGGAGUCUCGAGGAAAGGCCGAUCGGGAGAGCUCCUCUGACUUCAUUCAGGACUUGCUGGAGAUCCAGAACAAGAAAUCCUCCAUGAGUCACAUCCUCGCCUCUGCAGAGAAUGGGCCUCAGCUCUUGGAAGUUGAAUGACAGCUAUGGCUUCAGCGGCACCCCAGCAACCUGAUCCAGGACACAGGAUUAAAGUGGACAACAGGGCAAGCUUUCCUUUGCUGCCGAGUCAACCUCUGCUGUGGUGACCCAGGAGUGGGCGAUGGGUGGAUGGGAUAGGGGGAGGAUGAUGUAUGGCGGUCUGGAUUAGUGCCAUAAACCCUUCAGUAUAAAUAAUGCAAAAGACUACAAUUAUAUACUGGUCUGAGUGCCUUACUACUUUAUUAGGUCUUUUGGUAUCGUAGAUAUUUUUUAAAGCAAAUUAGAUGAUUUUUUUAAAAAACAAAAAAAUAUUUUAAUUAUUUGGAGAGGACCUUUUUCAUUUAAGCAUUAAUGUUACCUUCUUUUUUUUAAAAAAAAAAAAAUCGGGUGUGUGAGUUUGUUCUUGUAUAUCUGUGAUAGCCGCUUUUGUGUAUUCUCGGAGCUGGAAACUGGGGGGGGGGGGUGUCAGUGGUGCAAAGAAAGCCCUAAAACACUGCAGCCAGUAACUGGAAGAAAAAUUUUAAAAUCCCAAGCAGAAGAAGUAGAUAUAAAAGGUUAACUUGUUUUUGGUUUGUCUUUUCAGACUUUUUUUAAUCACAUGAGGGAGAUUUAAAGCAGUUCGAUAUAUUAAUAUAAAUCAAGGUUUUCAAGCUUGGUUCAAGCUAAAAGCAGGAAGCCACAAUUACUGUUAUCUUCAUUAUUUCUUCUAUUUCUCCUCCUCCUCCUCCUCCUCUUCACAUGAUCACUGAUGGCAUUCUAGCUAUUGUCAUUUUGUAUAAGGCCCUUUCUGACCAUUGUGGACUUAAAGAGUAUACAGAAAGGGUGGCAUAGUGACUUAAAAAAAACCUAUGGAAAAUAUGCACCCACUGUUUAUAUGUGUAUGCGUGUGUAUACAUACACAUAUAUAUGCAUACAGUUUGUGUGUGUGUGUGUAUAAAUGUUUGAUUUGUGUUUCAAUAUAUUAUUGUUUUAAUAUUUUAUAAAAGUUGUUAGUUUGCUAAUCUCUGCAUUCUGCAGAAACCAAUGGACAAUAUUUGUCCACGGAGAUCUACAACACAGCUCAGAUUGCCUGCUUAGAUAUUUCUGCUUAAUCUCUCACUGAUGUUUCUUCUUUUGGGUUUGACACUCUUUUAAUAUACAUUAUAUUCAUAGAAACCUCUUAGCAUCAAAUGAAAACAGUGAAAGCCCCAUUCACAGAUCAAUCCAGGUGGACAUAGCAUAAAUUUACACGGAGGGAAUAGAAAGAGUGAAUACUAUAGAGCAGUGAUCUGUCCCCAGUUCCUCUGUUUUCAUACUGAUAAAUGAAUUCAGGAAAACAAGAGUCUCUACUGGAAUGGAAAGUUCAUGCCACAGAGGGUUGUCCCUAUGUCUUUUUCCCCACACAACCAAUUGAAUGCAUGUAGCAUAUGUAAGUUGCUACAGUAUGUCCACUUCUGUUUCCCCAUCCAAUCAUACCUAUGCCUUCAAUUUCUCACAAACGAUUGUGUCAAAUGAACCUCAGCAGAUAAGGGGGUUCAGUGUAAGUUAAUAAAAGAGAGAGGAGUCAAAUAAAUUAAUGGCAGGCUGGCGUGAAGAUAAAAUGAGUUGGAAGAAAGCUAUUCAGAUUCCAUGCAAAAGGCACUGCAAAUGCUGUGGCAUAGUUUGGAAUGUGCAGUAGUUGCAGUUUUUUUAAAAAAAAUAAAUAAAUAACUAGGGUGAUUUAGUCUUCCAGAAACAAUAGAGAAAAACGAAAAUUUUCAAAGCCUUAAGUGAUCUUACUACCUUGAUGUGCUUUAAAGCAAGGAAAUAGUCUGCUACUGGCAAUAAAGUUUCCAGAUGGACAAAAAUGCUUAUUUCCCAAGGUUUCUAGAGCUUUUCCCAAGGUUUAACUCUGUUCUGAAUUGGGAAUGGACUAUACAUUCCUGUUGCAGGCAACAGGAGACAAGACAAGCCCACCAACAUUAAGACUGAUCCACUGACCCAGUUAAGCUGGUGUGUUAGAUUGCAAGAUUCAUUUUUUACUACUUUGAGGUGAGGGCCAUUUGUCUUGGGGCGGGGGGGGGGGGGUAAUCUAAUUUCAGUGGGAUUGCCCUCUAUGUAUGUGUGACUUGUGUGCAUGUGUGCAAAUAUGGCUGUAUUGCUACAUUCCUGUAUUUCAAUUUUAAAGAUACAUAUACAGAAUUGGAUGUGAACAAGGCAGCUGACAAUUUCACUUGUAGUUCUGUUGCUACUAAUGUGUGAAAGAAGCUUGUCUUUUGGGAUGACUAUAUUAAUUCUGUACCCUCAUCUUAAAGAUGGAGGAAAUUUACAAUUAUUUUCCAGGUCUGCAUGGUUGUGAACCCAGUUCUCAAAUCAAUCUGUUUUCUCUUCAAGGAGCCCUUGGGCAAGAGACAAUACGUCUGUGUGUGACUGAUGAUCUUUUUAUAAGUAACCCUGCAUAUGUGGGAAUCUGCUGAAGUUUGCCUGGCGUCGCCAUACUCUGAUUCAGACUGAGUCGUGGGUCAGGAAUGACCAUUUACUUAGUUGUGGGGCAUAUAUAUAGUAGGGCAAAGGCAUAGUAUUUUUGGGAUUUUUUUUUCUGUUCUUCUUUCACAUUGAACCUCUUUUUUCACAUUAUUAUUAUUAUUAUUUCCUGCCCUCUAACUUAAAAUCAUUAAUCCAGGGUGGAAAAAACAGUGGAGUUCCAGAUUAAUUUGGCUUAUAAACACCUAGCAUUCUUAAUUAGUGGCUGUUGUAACUUGGAACAUUAAUUUAACAAGUUCUGGAAAACCAAAUUUGCUCCAGCUUGCCCUAAAAUGAUACUCUGUGCAAAUAGCAUUGAAGGCAAAUCAGAAACAAGUUGAUGUUAUAUAGAAAUAAAGUAAUAUAUCCUGAAUUCUCGGUUCAAAAUUGGGAGUAUUCUACCCCAUCUAUUUCAUGUUCAUUUUUUUUUUUUUUUUAGAGAUUCAGCUCAGACUGCAUGGGAAGAGUGAUGAGAUCAUUUUGGGGCGAUAGUAUUUCAUAUAGAAUGUGAAGCAUGGAUUCCAUUGUUAUAGAGGGUGUGUAAAACAGUUUGGAAACAAUCCUCUGGGUUAUUGAAAAUAAAUAUCAAUUGUUUCUUUUAGAGUAUAAAAUCCUUUGCUAAAUGAUGCUUUCCAUCAAAGUCAAUUUCAGCAUCCCUUAAUAUAAAUUGCUAUUAUAUUAUUAUAAUUAUUAUUAUAAUUAUUAUUAUUGUUAUUUGGGAAUAUUUUGUUAUUAAUUUGAGGGGUAUUUUUUUUUUUUUUUUUGCAGCUCUCCACACUAAACUGCGCGAUACUGUGGGGAGAGAAGCCAUUAGCUAAAUCAGAGUGUCAGAACUACCCUCAGAUUGAAUGGGUCAUUCUAAAGACCCGUUUAAUCUCUUGGCCUUUGUGGUUUUUUGGGGUGGGGGGCGGGGGCGUGCAAGUCUGACAGAUCUGAACAAAACUUUAUGCUGCAGAAAUAAUGUAGCAAAUAAUAUCCCAGCACCCUGCCGGGACAUCUGCUAGCAAUAAUCACUAUUGAUUUAAAGCUUUAUUUAGUCUCUAUGUAUAUCGUAGUUUAUUAUAAAAUCUUGCCACAUUUUACUGGUGUUUUUAUUAGUUGUAUUUGAUGGAAGAAAAAAAAAUUGUGUUCCCUUUUGUUGUUUCCCCUCCUCACAUUCACAAUCCCCCCCCCUUUAUAUUAAAACUGUGAACUUUAUAAUGUGUUUAAACUAUGGGUGAAUCUUAGGCUUAGUUUGCAUGUUGAGCUAGUUCAUUUCUCUGCAUCUUCAUGAUUUUUCUUCUCCCUCCCCUUUCCUCUCUCAGGGCUUUUUUUUUUUUUUAAAUCUGAAAAUCUCUUGUUGGACUUGUAAAGGAGCUAAUGGUGAAAAUUCAAUCACUACAAUAAGCACUUGACUGUGAAAGUAUAAAAAGAACCAAGAAUAAAAACAAACCCUAUACGUGCAGCAAUAUCUGAUGUAGAGCUAGCUCUCUUGAUGGUUUAAUUCCAGCUUCCCCGUGAUUUUUAGUUGUUGUUGUUUUCUUCCUACAACCUGAUCCUCAAAUUUUCCCAUCAACUGUAGUCGCUGUUGGAGUACCUCCAAGUCCCAGGAUGAACCUGCAUGUUGAUGCCUGCUGUGUUGGUCGAAUGGUUGAAUUGUGAAAUAAUUUGAGAGUAGAGCCAACACUGCCUUAAAUCCUCUGGUUUCUCAAAGCCAUUAAGUCGGUGAAAAGAUCCAGAAAAGAAGUCAGGGCAAUGAGCUUGCAUGAAAUGAUAAAUCCCUUACCUCUGUAUCCUUCAGCCCAAGGCGACACUAUCAUGAGUUUGAGGAGGUAACUCAUCAGUUGAGGAUUCUCCCUUCUGGUAAUGCAAGUUUGGUUGGUAUUGAUGGGAUGGAAAGGGGGGAGGAGUUCUCUCUCCUCACCAUUCUCUCUUCACUUAAGACGGAUGUUUUAAUUCUAAAAGUUUCAGCCCAUGCAAGGAGAUAAUUAGUGUGUACAAUUUAUAUAUAGAAAUAUAGAUAUAUAUAUAUAUAUUUUCGAAAGGGAACGUUUAAAAACUGCUGCUACAAGUUGUGUACAAGACUGAUUUAUGCCACAUGAACAGAGAAUCACACUAUUUCUUUGGGUACUUCUAUUCUUCUCAUUCAGUUGUAUGUUACUUCCAGAUUCAAAAGUGAUGAAAAUAAUGCUGUUCUGUAUCAAACGAUCUACGCAAUAAAAGGUUAUAUUUAAAAA